AUGGCUGAAGUACACACUACAUAUUAUUCCUUGAAGAAACUGUUGUCUUUCUUCAAUGGCAACAUGGCUCUCUCUGGCGUGAUCCUCAUCAGUCUGGGCAUCUAUGUCAAUUUCAGAGGCGCUGUCCUGACCAGAGUCCUUGGGCUGUCCUCUGCAUACCUGCUUCACGUUGGCUAUCUGUGCCUGGGAACGGGCUGCAUCACAUUGCUGCUUGGCUUUGCUGGGUGGCAUGGGGCAAUCAAAGAAAACAGAAGCACUCUCUUGUUUUGUUUCUUGUUCAUGGUCAUCAUUUUCAUCGUGGAAAUCACGGUCGCUACAGUGGUCCUUGCCUUCUUCUCUAUUGUUCAAGAAGUAUCCUUGGAGCACAACUUUGCGACUCUGAGGAAGAAUUACAGAGGUUACAACGAGCCAGAUGACUAUUCCAUGGAAUGGAAUUUGGUCAUGGAGAAGCUAAAGCGCUGUGGAGUGAAGAACUACACAGAUUUUUCCGGUUCCUCCUCUGAAAGGACAACUGGCCACACCUACCCCAGGGGCUGCUGUAAGUCCAUCGGGACCAUGGCCUGUGAUGGGCGCAAUGUGUCCACAAAUGUCAUCCACCAGGAGGGCUAUUUCCCUAAGCUCCUGAAAAUAACCAAGACUCACAGCAUCAAACUGAGUGGGGCCUCUCUGGGGGCUGCAGUGGUUCAGCUGCCAGGAGUUCUUGCCACUGUGCUGCUGUUCAUCAAGCUGGGCUGACAGACGUGGGGAGAACAGGACCCCCAGGGCCUGGCUGGCUGCUGGA